UAAAGUCGUCCCGGCUGGUCAGUCAUAUAUAAGUCUCCUAGGGCACAAACACAAGUCCAAAGAAAAUGGCAGCUUCUGAGACAAAAACCAACCUUGAAGGUGUCCUUAAACCCUUCUAUCAAAGAGCUUCUGAAGCUGAGGAUCGGCUGUCAAGACUGGAAGCUUCCGUUGCAAGUAAUAGAGAUGCUGGAAGCGAGGAACAUUUGAAAACUAUAAGUGAACUUCAGGCAAAGCUAGAAGGUGCAAAUGCAGAGCUAGCUUCGGAACGAGAAAAGGCUAAGAAGCUUGCUGUGGAAAAUGGAAAGCUCCAGUAUCGUGUUAUUCAUCUUGUCCAAGCAAUCAGGGAGGGUGAUGCUAAGUUGGAGAGCCUAAAAGGUAAAAUUCCUGAAGGGCUCCCUUGUCUUUGUUUACAGUUUCAUUACACCCUUCUGGAUUUUAAGUAUUGAUAUUCAUUUAAUUUAUGCACUAGCCUUUUAACGCCAUCUAUUGUUACAACCCUCUCCAUUUAUAACCAAUCCAGUUUUGACAACUGAGUGCUUAGACUCUUUUUUACCACGAAUAGUAAGCUGUUCUAUUCCCGGAUGGAGCUGGCAAGGUGGUAGUUCAGUGUUAGCUUGCUAGUUUACAUAUAGGGAGAGGCUAUUGGCACAGCCCUUCUAUAUUUUUUUUUUAUGAUCUAAAUGAAAAAAAAAUAGCCUUCUUCUCUUAUUUUUCCCAAAUUGAUAGCAAGAUUCUCUUUCUUCUCUAACAUCUUCUCUCAGGCAGCCAACAAGAUCAUCCCCACCUGUCUUCUUGUUAACAAAAAAAAAAAAAAAAAAAAACAGUCAAUCUCCUUGAAACAUCUUUCCAAAAGACUUGAAUUUUUCUGGAUUUAGAAAAUUACUCAAGCAAGCACCAUCUCCAACUGUACCACCAGCCACCACUCAUCUUGCAGCUUAUGAUUUCUUUGUAUCCAGAUGCAAUAUCCCAAAAUUAACACCAUGUAUUUGAAGACCCAAAAGAAUAAAAAGAAAAUCAUUGUAUCGAAUGCUCAUCAUGGAUUCAAUGUAGGAGAGGGUGCCCUUUUUCUGAAUGUGCAGAGAAUGAAUGCAUUAUACAACUCUGUUUUCUUUUACUUGAAGGAGAUUUUCGAUACAGGGAAAGGGAGGGGGAGAGAAAUUAUCCAGGGAAAAAGAGGAGAUUCUCUAUGAGCAACACUGCUAAAUAAUACCGGGAGUUCCACAUCCUUAAGACCAUUCACAAUUAUUUAUCAAGGAAAAAAACAAAGCAAAAGGUUUGUCUAGCUUGGCAAGCAGAAGAGGAGGAAUAAGAAAGUGGAAUGAACCGCCACUGGUAGGAUUGAUGGAGCAACGAGCUUGAUGUGUACAAGGUUUUAGGUUUCAAAAAUUAUUCGACAUUUUCUGUACAAAAACUAGAAAAAGCUGUCGAUAGAUAACCAGGCUGUGCCAAAAGUAAUUCCCUCACGCUUAAUGUAUGUUUAUUUUGACUUUACUCCAUCAAAUCAUUUUGUUUUC